UUCACUUCCAACCCUACCCAUCACCAUCAAUGGCACCACCGUCCGUCACCGCUGUGCAGGUCGACAAUGUGGCUUUCCCUCCCACCGUCAAGGCUCCGUCCUCCGUCAACAGCUUCUUCCUUGGCGGCGCAGGGGUCAGGGGGAUGCAAAUCAAGGACAAUUUCGUCAAGUUCACCGCCAUUGGAAUUUACCUUCAGGAUAACUCCGUUCCCUCUCUCGCUGUUAAAUGGAAGGGUAAGCCUCCUCAGGAAUUAACGGAAUCCGUCGAGUUCUUCAGGGAUAUCGUUACAGGUCCAUUUGAGAAAUUUAUGCAGGUGACAAUGAUCUUGCCACUGACGGGACAGCAAUACUCAGAGAAAGUAUCCGAAAAUUGUGUAGCCAUUUGGAAAUCUCUUGGGAUUUAUACUGAUGAAGAAGUCAAAGCAAUAGACAAGUUUGUUGCAAUUUUCAAGGACGAAACAUUCCCACCAGCCUCUUCUAUCCUUUUCACAGUAUCACCCAAUGGAUCAUUAGCGAUAAGUUUCUCUAAAGAUGGAUCCAUUCCAGAAGUUGGGGGUACGGUUAUUGAGAACAAACUACUUUCGGAGGCUGUGCUGGAAUCGAUGAUAGGUAAAUAUGGUGUCUCCCCUGAAGCAAAACAGAGUUUGGCCUCAAGAUUAUCUGACUUAUUCAAAGAGUACGGUGAUACUCUUAACUGAUUAUAUCACCAAAUGAAGAUCAAACUUCUGCCAUCGAAGACCAAGCACAAAUUUUAUCCUAGUAGCAAAACUAUCACUUGGCAACUUUUUUGUUGUAUUAAUAAAUGAUGAAGGUUCUGUCUGCACUCUUUCAUCUAAGUAUUAGACUACUGUGUGCAAAUAAAAAUAUAAUAGAUCGAACA